GCCUUAUCUAGUAGUCACCUUUUGUGGUCAUCAAAAUUCAGCUCACAAUCUCUCAAAUCUCAGCGCCACUCACUGAUAUAACAUUAGUUAUAGAGAAACUCCCUCCACUCUUUGCUGUGAUCCAUCCAUGGCGUCCUCCACUCUAUCUUCUGCAACUCCCUCACAGCUAUGCGCCAGUAGAAGUGCUUUGUUCUGUCCCUCGCAAGCGCUGUUGAGGAAACCCAAAAGCGCUCAAAUGGGGGCGAAGGGAAAGGGCGUUAAGGUCUGUUGUCAAGCCACUAGUAUUCCGGCUGAUCGAGUGCCGGAUAUGGGUAAAAGGAAGACCAUGAAUUUGCUUCUUUUGGGUGCUAUUGGCCUUCCCACUGCUACCAUGUUGUAUCCUUACACCUAUUUCUUUGUCCCUCCUGGUACUGGAGGUGCUGGUGGUGGAAUUGUUGCCAAGGAUGCUUUUGGAAAUGAUGUUCUUGCAGAUGAAUGGCUGAAGGCACAUGGCCCUGGAGACCGAACCCUCACACAGGGGCUCAGGGGAGACCCUACCUACCUUGUAGUGGAGAAGGAUAAAACACUUGCGACGUUUGGAAUCAACGCCGUAUGCACUCACCUUGGAUGCGUGGUGCCAUGGAAUGCAGCUGAGAACAAGUUUAUCUGCCCUUGCCAUGGAUCCCAAUACAACGAUCAAGGCAGGGUCGUCAGAGGCCCUGCACCUCUAUCUCUUGCAUUGGUUCAUGCUGAUAUAGACGACGGGAAGGUCGUGUUCGUUCCUUGGGUCGAAACCGAUUUCAGAACUGGCGAAAAUCCAUGGUGGGCUUAAGCCUCCUCCUCAUGUAACAUCUUUCCACAUCCAUCCAUAUUCUCCUGUUGUAUAUUUUGGUUUCAAUUGAUAUACAAGACCACUCAAUCCUAGGCUUGUAUCGAUAAGCUUUGAUAUGUACCACUCUAGUGUUCUACUUUAUUAAUCA